AUGACAUUUAAACAUGAGCUCAUAUCAGACAUUGAUAAUGAUACGCUACCCAAAUUUGAUUAUUUCUCACAACGCGGAGAUAUCACUUACUCCAUUCUUAGAAACAAAAGUUAUCAAAAUAUCUUCCUCGUGGAUACACAAAAUAAUGAGCAAUCUGACACCGAACAAUCAAUACAUAUCCUUUACAUCCUUUUCAUUUCUCUUCACAACUUUCUCAUUGAAGUUAAUACAAACAGAAUCAAAAUCGGUUCAACAAUUUUGCAGAUCAUGUUACUCAUACAAACAGACUUCCUUUUGUGCUAG